GAUCAGCUGUAGGUGUUGUGAACCUCUCAGUACGAUUUGUAAAUAAACCCGGUCGUUUGCCAACUAUUCCUGUUUGGGCAGCGUCCACGUUAAGGUGUAGGUCGUGCUUAACUUCUUUGCUCCGAUGCAGAAAGGUGUGUUGCAUCUGCCCUUUCAGGUUUGCUUUGCGAUCGUUACCCCUGUGUAGUGCGCACUCAUACAAGUUGCUCUCUAACUGCCUCGAUUCUUUUAUUGAAUACGCUAGCGACACGAAGGCAAGUCCCAACAACGUCACACAACCAUCAAAAACAAAAACGUGAGGUGGUGACCGCCCUACUGUACGGCUUCGGGGUUGUAAGCGGCUCACAAACGGUAAGCGUUAAAGUUUGACUGAGUUAUUUUUCCUCUGUUGUUUCCGUUUCUUUCUUUUCUGCAUCAAAAUCGUUUUUCCUCCCUUUCUACCAACAAAUAUCUUCCUCCUCUUUUUAGUUCUUGAAGCCUCAAAAAUCCAUUCCUUCUAUAAUUAUUUGUUGUUGUUUGUGGUUUGCCGUCUUUUGCUUUUGGGUGGCAUCUCCUUUUCCUCCCCUUUCUUUGCGUUUUGUGUUCGCCCAAUCAAGCUCUCGUUGUAUUGUAGCUCUCUUUGGCUUCUGGGUCAACUUGUCAGGUGCCCGCGCUUCGCCGUAAGGUCUCGCAACUGGUGCGAGAUACACAUACGGGGAAGAACCGUGUAUUUUCUUUUCUCCCCACCUCCUUUUUUUUUCCUUUCUUGCUUUUCUCUGUUUCCCAGUGACAUUCCAACCUAGUCAUGGGAGGGGGAGUCUCGCGUGAGCGCCAACGCUCAUCGUCUCGCAAGACACGCAGCCGCAACACUAAGCAGAGAACGUCUGUGCCGGAGUCUAGCACGUGCCCCACAUCGCUGCCCACCUACAAGGCAUUGAAUGUGGUAGAGCACAAUGACAGCCCCGUGAUGGAUAGCAAUGGCAACUCGGCACCUGCUCUCACGCCCUCGCCUCACAGGCGGGAAUACGACUCCUGGGAUGUGGCGCCGUCGGAUUCGGGAGCUGACGAGGAACAGCCGGCGGACGGCAGCAUCGUGGAGGAUGUGGUGCCUGCCGCCAACAACCAAACCGUGUUUCACGAGACGCUGACCAACGCCGCGAUGCAGUUGCGAGCCCGCCAGCGCGAGGCAAACGUGGGCAUCUCCAAGGCAGAGAUGGAGGAUCUGGUGCUGCUGACCCGCGAGCUGGAGAAUCUGAAGCAGAUCAUGAAGCGUUCUCAGUUUACGGUGGAGGGCACAUGGAACAUCCUGGAGAAGGAGGGCAUGCUGGAGCGCUUUGCGCAGCAACUCUACGAUGAGCUGCUCACGCGCAACGCCCGUCUGCGCGUGUACUUCUACGGUGUGGAUCUCGAUGAGCAGUCCAAGUCUCUGGUGCGCAUGAUUGGCACGGCGGUCCACUUUUACGAGAAGCCGCAGGUAACGGUGGACAUGUUCACCAAGGCCGGUGCGCGGCACCGUGGCUAUGGCGUGAACGCCGAGGUCUUUGCGGAAAUGCGCAAUGCCUUCUUCAAGGUGUUUCCCAAGUUUGUCGGCACCGACGUCUUCAGUGCUGCGGAGGAGGAGUGGCAGAAGUUUUGGAAGCUCGUGCUGGACCUGUUGGAGCACGGCAGCGAAAGUCCCGAGGGCGAGCGUUACGCCAAGCUGCACGAGGAGCAGACGUUGAAGAAAAUCCAGGCUGACUUCCAGCUGAUCACCGAGCGACAGAGCAAGUGCGACACACGCCAUCAGUUUGUCGGCACGAUGUACGGCAAGGCCAUUGAAAUGUACGGUGACCUCUCCAACUUUGAGGCACUGAAGGAUCUCCGCGCCAGUCGGCGGGUGUUCCAGUCCUACGUCGACCUCAUGAACAACAUCCACGACACGACCAGCUGCGAGCAGUUUUUGCGCGAGUUGGGUGGCCGCCACACGGCGUACAACGUGACGGUGGAGAACCUUCGCUCCUUCACCCAGCCGUUUCUCUUUGCUUGCCGACACUUCCUGCAAGACGAAUGGAACGUCGCGGUGGAGUCACGCUUUCUGUGGCUGUUCGAGUACAUGAUUGACGGCAUCUCAUCGGGUAUGGUGGAUGGCAUCAACAGUCUCGAGAACCAGCGCGCCCCUGGCAACAACGUCGCCUUCGGUCUUCUCUUCACCGAUAUCGAGGCCAGCACAAAGCUAUGGAGCAAGGACUCUGAGAAGAUGAGCCUGGCCGUCAAGAAUCACCAUGCCGUGAUCCGACGGCUCAUCGCCGACUUUGGCGCCUACGAGGUCAAGACGGUCGGCGACUCCUUCAUUAUUGCGGCCAAGGAUGUGUUGGUGGCGAUGAAGCUGGCGCUCGCCAUGCAACUGGAGCUGAUGCGUUCGAUCCCCAUUGCGCCGGGAUUUAAGAUGAUCGAGAACACCGAGGGCCGCGGCGACCCGAAAGCGUGGGACGAGCGCACCUUGCGUGUGCGCAUCGGCAUUGAGUACUGCACCGAUGCCACCGCGACCUACGACGGUAUCCACCGCCGCUUUGACUACUACGGCCCGAGCGUGAAUCGGUGUGCACGCAUCGAGGCUGCCGCAUGCGGUGGCCAAAUUCUUAUGUCGCGGCAGACCUUUGAGCAGCUCAAGUCGAUCCCGGCCUUCCAUGACGAACCCGCGCCGUAUAUCUUCCGUAGUGUCGCACUGCCCUCGCCACCCCCGAAGGUGGAUAGCCGCGGGCUGGAUCACUUCAUCGCCGUGAACGACGUUGGCUUUGCGACGUUGAAGGGCAUCGGCGAGCCGGUGCACCUCGUCUCCGUUGUGCCACGCUGCCUUGCUGGACGCCAGUUUAUUGACAAGGUCUCGAAGAAAGCCUAA